AUGAGAGUCAAGGUUACACUGUUUCUGUGCCUGGUGACAGGUCAGCCCCGUUUUGCCCUGACAAGCAAGAUCCAGGCAGCCAAAAUUACUAAAACUGUGUCGAUGAGUACCCACAUGCGUCCUGUACUGAACCAGUCUGAGAGUUUGCCCGUUCGUGUGUCUACUCGUCUGUUGUCUGUGACGGGAGUGGACGAGCCUCGGCAACUGGCCACCAUCGUAUGUGCCGUCCGAUACAGCUGGUGUGACCCGUUCUUAACCUGGGAUCCAGUGGACUAUGGUGGUAUUGACGUCAUGUUCCUGGGCCAGGACGAUAUUUGGACACCAGACAUGUACCAGCUCCACUCCCCUGACGGACGAGGAGUGCUCAAAGAGCUACCCACACAUCAUAUGAUUCUGCCUUCAGGUCAGGUGACCUUCAGAUCUGCAGGUUCCUUCACGACAUUUUGCAACCUGGAUAUGACCUACUUUCCUUAUGAUCGACAGAACUGUUUGUUCAAGUUCGGGGUGUUGGAUGCCAUGCUGAAGAACGUUGAGCUCGUUCCAGAUGGCGUUGAGGUGUCUCAGGAAUUCGUAGACCACUCAGAAUGGGACAUAGAAGACUUGCAUCUUGCUCAGGCCGCUUAUGGACGAAAUGACGAACAAUUUAGCGUUGUAGAAGUUUUUGUAACUCUUAGACGACGUCCGAGGUUUCUCGAGGUGAGCAUGAUCGUGCCCGUGUCUCUGGUCAGUUUCCUGAGCCUACCAAGUUUCCUGGUUUCAGUGGAGAGUGGGGAGAGGCUGAGUUACUCCCUCACUGUCCUUCUUUCAUUAGCUGUCUACGUGAGCAGCACAAGCAGUAUAAUGCCCCACUCGUCCCUCAAACUGCCACUCUUGUUGCUCUAUUGGCUUAUGCUCUUUCUACUCAGCUCUCUCUGUGUACUUGUCAACGUCAUAUUGACAUAUAUUCGCCGAGCUGGCAAAGUGAGAGUAGUUCAAGGCUCAAAAGUUAUAACACUCUGUGGUUUCCAUUUCCGUAUGAGAAAAAACACAAGACAGAAUUAUAAUGAGGAACAUCUCCCGCAUAUGUACACAGAUUUAAAGAAGAUCAGUAAAGACAAUUCUCAAAGUCAACCACUAGCUUCGAAAGAAGUGUACACAACUGAAGGAGAAAUGCACAGUCAUUUAUCAUUUAAGGAGGACAGAAAUGCUUCCGGUGACGCCAUUGAAAAUUACGAAAACCUUCGAGAGAAGAAAAACAAAGCAGUUGCCGGCAAGGAAAAAGAAGAUGGUGACCAUUCAGACCAAGACCCCGAUUUAGAAGAACUGGGAUUAAAACUGGACAAUUUUCUAGUUCAUGUUUUACAAGUUCUCAAUGUGGCCACCAUCAGCAGCACGGACAACACCUAA